AUGUCUUCGAAUCUGCUCAACCAGGACUUUGGGUCCGACGAGGAAGAGGAUGACUUCAACCCCGCCCCUAUAGAUGAUUCCGAUGCCGAGGAGCCUCAGCCACCAAAAGCUGGCAAGGGUUACCAUGGUGCGAAUGACGAAGACGAAGACGAAGACCAAAACGGCGACGAUGAUGAUGGCGCCGAAGCAAAUGAUGAUGAUGAUGAAGAUGAUGCAGAGGAGGAGGACGCAGUGGAGCGUCCACGCAAGCGCAGAAGAGGGGGUGUCCACAAUUUCUUCGAGGAGGAGGCUGGUGUCGACGAGGAAGAAGAUGAAGCCGAAGAGGACGAGGAUGAGCUCGCCGAGUUUGGUACAGAAAUGCACCCCGACGAUCUUGAUGCACUACCCGCCGGUGCAGAGACAGAUGACCGCCGUCACCGACAGCUCGAUCGCCAGCGUGAGCUGGAUGCGACAAUGGAUGCAGAGAAGCAAGCGCAGAUGCUCAAGGAGCGUUAUGGUCGAAACCGUGCAGCAGCAACCGAUGCCCUUGUGGUCCCUAAACGUCUACUUCUCCCAAGUGUUGAAGACCCUAGUAUCUGGGGUGGUCGUUGUAAACCAGGCAAGGAGCGAGAGGUUGUUUACUCUAUUCAGAAGCGCAUUGAGGAGCGCCCAGCUGGCUCGCGCAACCCGAUCCGUAUCAUUUCGGCAUUUGAACGUGGUAACAUCAUGCAAGGUUGGUUCUACUGUGAGGCACGCAGACAACCUGAUGUCACCGAUGGCCUUGAGGGCAUCAACUUCUAUUAUCCAUCUCAAAAAUUGACACUAGUCCCGGUUAAGGAGAUGCCUGAUCUCCUUCGGGUCCAAAAAUCAGAAGAACUUAACCCAGGUGGAUGGGUUCGAAUGAAGCGUGGCAAAUACCAUGAUGAUCUCGCCCAGAUCGAGGAGGUUGAGACAAACGGCCUCAAUGUGACUGUACGACUUGUUCCCCGACUUGAUUACGGGAUGAAUGAUGACUCGGCCGCUAUGGUUGACCCUAAGCGGAAGCGAACUGCUGCAAGCGCCAUUCGCCCGCCUCAGCGUCUGUUCAGCGAAGCAGAGGCAAAGAGGAAGCACGCAAAAUAUCUUUCUGCUACAUCAGGACUGGGCGGCAAGUCAUGGAAUUAUCUCAAUGAAAAUUACAUUGACGGAUUCCUCAUUAAGGAUGUGCGAAUUUCACACUUGCUUACCAAGAACGUCAACCCGCGCUUGGAGGAGGUGACCAUGUUUGCCCGUGGCGGAGAGGAUGGUGCUGCCAACCUGGAUCUGGCAUCUUUGGCUGACUCCCUCAAGAAUGCUAAUGCUGAAGACGCUUACCAACCCGGUGACCCUGUAGAGGUCUACCGAGGCGAGCAACAGGGUUUAAUUGGUAAAACCGUUUCUACUCGGGGUGAGAUUGUCUCAUUGCAAGUAACUGAAGGCGAUCUCGCCGGGCAAACCAUUGAUGCUCCCGUUCGAACGCUCCGUAAGCGUUUCCGUGAAGGUGACCAUGUCAAGGUCAUUGGAGGUAGCCGUUACCAAAAUGAGUUGGGUAUGGUGGUUCAAGUCAAGGACGACACUGUUACCCUGCUUAGUGAUAUGAGCAUGCAAGAGAUCACUGUCUUCAGUAAAGAUCUUCGUCUUUCGGCGGAGAUGGCUGCUGAUGGACAGCUUGGUAUUUAUGACGUUCACGACCUGGUGCAACUUGAUGCUGCUACCGUUGGAUGUGUUAUCAAGGUCGACCGCGAGUCCCUUCGCGUUGUGGAUCAGAAUGGCUCUGUUCGCAACAUUCUGCCUACCCAGAUUGCCAACAAAAUAACUCCUCGUCGAGACGCUGUGGCUACAGAUAACAAUGGCGCAGAGAUUCGACAUGGCGAUACUGUUCGCGAAGUUCAAGGAGAGCAGAGGAGUGGUGUCAUUCGCCAUAUCUAUCGCUCGUUCCUCUUCUUGCACAAUAAGGCUCAGGCCGAAAAUGCAGGUAUCUCUGUAGUUCGAACAACAAAUGUUGUUACUGUCUCCGCUCGAGGUGGUCGUCCUACAGGUCCAGAUCUGACCAAGAUGAAUCCUGCCAUCGCAGCGCAACGCCCUGGUGGCCGUGGCAACGGUGCGAUGCCACCUCCUCAGCGUGGUCGGGAUCGGUUAAUCGGGAAAACUGUCCAAGUUCGCAAGGGUCGUUUCAAGGGUCUGGUCGGUAUUGUUCGAGAUGCCGAUGAUAAGACUGCCCAGGUUGAGCUUUACACAUCAAACAAGCCUGUUCUCAUCCAACGAGAUAUUUUAGCGCCAAAAGACCCAAUCUCAAAACAACCACUGGAUAUGGGACGUGGCAGGGGAGGAUCGCGUGUCCCAUAUGGAGGCGCUCCUCCUUCCAGAGGCGGAGGGUGGCAAGGGGGCCGUACCCCUAUGUCUGGCGGAGAUUCUUCGAGAACUCCAGCUUGGGGAGGAGCAUCUUCUGCCCGCACUCCAGCUUGGUCUGGUGUGAGUGGAUCGCGUACGCCUGCCUGGAAGAACGACGGAAACCGCACCUCUUACGGCGACGGAAGUCGUACUGCCUACGGGGAUGGAAACCGGACUGCUUAUGGUGGCAUUGGCAACCGAACCCCUGCCUGGAACUCUGGCUCACGCACGCCAUAUGACACUAGCUCAGGCUAUGACGCAUUUGCCUCAGGAUCUCGUACCCCAGCUUGGGGAGGCGCCGGCGCCAGCGCUGCUCCUCCUGCUGGUAACCGCACACCUGCCUGGGGCGGUUUACCAAAUGGCCGAGACCAGCGUGACUACGAUGAUGCCCCCACUCCCGGUGGUUAUUCUGCACCUACCCCUGGUGCAUACGGUGCUCCUACUCCUGGCGCCUCUGCGCCAACUCCCGGUGCUUGGGCCGACAAUGCUCCUACACCCGGAGGAGCUUUCAGCGCUCCAACCCCGGGCGCUAACCCAAGGCGCGGUUAUGAUGCACCUACACCUGCUGCGUAUGAUGCACCCACCCCUGCACUGGGCGGUGCUGCUGAGACACCUGGAGCAGGUUAUGGUGAUGAUGAUGCUGGCCCGCGUUAUGAUGAAGGCACACCGAGUCCGUAA